AUGGGUGGCCCCAAGCUCAGCUCUGCCAUCCCAAAAGGCUGCUCCCGAAUCCGCCGCGUCAAGCCGGGGCCACGGGCAGCACCCCAAAAAAGCAGCACUGCUCUUUUCCCAAGCCUGCACCCCCAAAUAAGCAAACCCCAAAGGGACAUCGCGCCCCCAAGGUCCCCAAGGGAGCAACCCCAAGGUCACAGGGCAUCCAAAGUUCCCCCAGAGGCACCGUAACCCGCAGUGGGGUCCCUCCUGAAGGCACUGAGUGCCCAAGGUCCCCAGGGUCCCCCAGUGGGAGUCCCCAGGGUCCCCAAGGUCCCCAGGAAGGGGACCACAAUGUCCCUGGGGAGACACCACAUCCCCAACAUUCCCAAGGGACACCACGGUCCCCAGCCCAGCUCUCCAAAGUCCCCCAAAAGCCACCACAUCCCCAAGGUCCCCAGGGCCUCCAAGGUUUCCCAGUGGGAGUCCCCAGGGUCCCCAGGGUCCCCAGGAAAGCACUGUGACCCCAAGGUUCCCUGGGGAGACACCACAUCCCCAGCAUUCCCAGAGGGACACCAUGCUCCCUCCCAGCUCUCCAAAGUCCCCCAAAAGCCACCACAUCCCCAAGGUCCCCAGGGCUCCAAGGUUUCCCAGUGGGAGUCCCCAGGGUCCCCAGGGUCCCCAAGGAGGCACAGGGUCCACAAGGUCCCAUAGGGAGACCCCAUAAUCCCUGAGAGACACCACAGUCCCUAUCAGCUCUCCAAAGUCCCCCAGAAACAACCACAUCCCCAUGGGGUGCCCAGGGUCCCCCACUGGGGUCCCCAGGGUCUCCAAAAAGGCACUGGGACCCCAACGUCCCCUGGGGAGACACCACAUCCCCAAGGUCCCCAGGGCCUCCAAGGCACCCCAGUGGGAGUCCCCAGGGUCCCCAAAAAGGCACUGGGACCCCACGGUCCCCUGGGGAGAUGCCACAUCCCCAGCAUUCCCAAGGGACACCAUGGUCCCCAGCCCAGCUCUCCAAAGUCCCCCAGAAACAACCACAUCCCCAUGGGGUGCCCAGGGUCCCCCACUGGGGUCCCCAGGGUCUCCAAAAAGGCUCUGGGACCCCAAGGUCCCCUGGGGAGACACCACAUCCCCAGCAUUCCCAGGGACACCACAGUCCCCAGCCCAGCUCUCCAAAGUCCCCCAAAAGCCACCACAUCCCCAAGGUCCCCAGGGCCUCCAAGGUUUCCCAGUGGGAGUCCCCAGUGUCCCCAAGGUCCCCAAGGAGGCACUGGGCCCCCAAGGUCCCCUGGGGAGACACCAUAA